CUACAUUCUCUGAGUUGACAUCAAUCAAACCCUACUGAAUCCUUCAGCUGUCGUCUUCUAGGAAGUUAUAGCAAGAAUAGCUAAACAGACGGACAUACGAGCAAAGCUGAACUAUACAUCAAGUCUAUCACCAACCAGCACGUAAGGCAGAAAGGACCUCACGCUUCGCAACCAUGCAUUUCUCUCGAUUCCUCUGCGUUGUAUUCACAACUGCCGUGGCCGCUCAGUCUACUAUCGCCACUGUCUAUUCUGAUCCCCAAUUUUCAGGGCCAUCUCAGCAAAUUUCUUCUACUGAACAAUGUGUUCCUCUCGAUCUCAAUACUAUGCCCCCAAAAGUACGGUCAAUUCAGGUAGCGCCAGGUGUUCAGUGUACAACCUACACUGACUCUGAUUGCGAGGAACCAAACCAGUACCUCCCUAGUACCCAAUCCAACAUCAUCCUGGGCCAGCCCCAUUCAGAGGCUGUAAGUUGCCUGCAAUUUGGGGAGGUCUAAGCUCAGACAUAAGGUCAAGGAGGAGUGAAUAAAUGGAAUAAAGUGUUCCAAUAAUAAAUCUCUGGGGAAGGCAGAAAAACACUUCGUCCUGCAACAUUGAGGAGACUGGGCUUCCCUUAACGUAAUUCCCGGCCGACCUGCGCACCCGGUCGAGCUGCGCACUCCAAAAUACAUAGUAAAUGCAAUCAAUUU